AGCCGCGCUUAGUUGCAGUGGGUCAAUAGACGUCGACGUGAAAGGUUGUCUCUCAAAGUUUCAGCUCGACUGCGAUUCUUGGUUAUCCUUGCGUUCGGUGUGGCCUGUCGGAAAUGUUCUGAAAGUAUGUAGAACGAGGUAAUCGCAAGUGAAAUACCCAAAGACGUCUUCCUAUAUACAUUCUUAUCUAUAAUAUUAGAUCACGUGGAAAAAAGGCUUUUAAAAUCAUGAAGAUACUGAUUGUCACCUUCAUUUUGUUUUGCUUUACGGCGAAGUCAAAUUCCCAAGGACAUCAGAGCCAUGACUCAGAGGUAGAGGUGACGACGGUGCUAGGACCGAUGCUGUUGAAUGAAGUUCCCUUUUCGGCAUCUGAGCCAGAGAUUGGCGCCAAAUCUUUCGAUGGCAAAUCAGCGCGUUUGCCAGCCUCUAUUCUUCCAACACAUUACGUCGUCAGGUUGCAGCCCCUCGUCAAUGGUAACCUUACUAUCUACGGAUCCGUCGAUAUCACGCUCAAAGUAGCCGUGGCGACCGAUCGCGUGGUUAUCAACAUGGUUGAUAUCAUAACCAAGAACGAGACUGUAGCUAUCAGGAGUCUUAACGACAGCAAAUCCUAUACUGUGGUGCAGCAGACUUACGAUCCCAAGCUUCAGCUGUACACGGCCCUGCUCUCUGAGGACCUGGUCAGAGAUAACGCAUACGUCUUCCACAUGGAUUUUGAAGGUUACCUCAAUGACAGGCUUGUGGGAUUCUAUCGGUCACAGUACACAGACUCUAAAGGAAAUGACAAGCUGUUAGCAGCGUCCCAGUUUUCCCCCACUGACGCCAGGAGGGCGUUCCCUUCCUUCGACGAGCCUGGAUUCAAGGCGACUUUCGACAUCCAUCUGGCGAGACAAGAAAACAUGACGGCGCUCUCGAACAUGCCCCUUGUCGCUACCAAGCCUAUAGAAGGCGAGGAAGGCUGGGUGUGGGACACCUUCGAUACGACCCUUCGCAUGUCAACCUACUUGGUCGGGUUCCUCAUCUCUGACUUCGGGUUCGUCACAUCGGAUAAGCUCAACCACACCCUCUUCAAAGUGUGGACACGAAAGGAAGCUUUGGACCAGGCGGUAUAUGCUCGCGAUGUAGCACCGCCCAUGCUGACAUUCCUCGAAGAUUACUUCAACAUCAAGUUUCCUCUGCCGAAGCUGGACAUGGCUGCCCUACCUGAUUUCAAGUUCAGUGGGAUGGAAAACUGGGGUCUCAUUACUUACAGGGAAACCGCUUUACUGUACAGCGAUAAGCUUUCUUCAGUGAGAAGUAAACAAGAGCUCGGUUAUGUACUGGCCCACGAGAUCGCUCAUCAGUGGUUUGGAAAUCUAGUGACUCCUGUCUGGUGGUCCGAUCUUUGGCUGAAGGAGGGAUUUGCAUCAUUUAUGGGAUACAUCGCACUGAAUUCUGCCGAACCUUCCUGGAGAGUGAUGGAACAAUUCGUUACGACUAUCGUUCACCCAGUUCUUGAGGUCGAUAGUCUUCUUUCUUCACAUCCCAUCAACGUUGAAGUUGAUAAUCCCGAUCAGAUCAGCGAGAUUUUCGACUUUAUCUCUUACAGAAAAGGUGCUUCCAUCAUUCGAAUGAUGCAGUGCUUCCUCACAGAAUCAACUUUCAGGCGAGGUCUCACCAACUAUCUGAACAAGUUGCAGCUUGCCAAUGCCGAACAAGACGACCUGUGGGAAUAUCUUACCGAGGCAGCACAUGCCGAUGGCACCCUGCCGGCAGAAUUAACUGUGAAACUUAUAAUGGACACAUGGACGCUUAAAGAAGGCUAUCCAGUGGUGUCCGUUAAAAGAGAAGGGACCACAGCUACCCUCCUUCAGGAGUGGUUCAGGUUGGGCGGAAAGAACACGAGUGUCUCUAAGGAGGGAUGGUGGAUCCCAAUCAGUUACACCUCUCGGUCCAGUUCAAACUUCAGCGUCACUCGUCCGAGUCAUUGGAUGUCAAACGACCGGAAGCCUCUGAAGAUCAGCGGCCUUCCGGACGACUCCCAUUGGCUGGUACUGAAUGUCCAGGAGACUGGUUACUUCAGAGUCAACUAUGACAACAACACAUGGAAGUUGCUGAACCGUCAGCUCAAGGAAGAACAUUCGGUCAUCCAUACUAUCAACAGAGCCCAAAUCUUAGACGACGCACUGAACUUAGCCAGAGCUGGUCUCCUAGAUUAUCCUACAGCUCUCAGGACGUCCAGUUACUUGAGCAACGAAACUGAGUAUGUCCCAUGGAGCUCUGCCCUUCAGUGUUUCAGUUAUUUGAAAAAUAUGUUCGAGAGGUCCGCUGGAUACGGGCCAUUGAGGGAUUACCUACUGUCCUUGAUAGCGCCCCUGUAUAAUUCUGUUGGCUUUGAGGACAACGAGGCCGACCAGCAUCUUACGAAGUACAAGCGAGUCGUUGCAGUGGAUUGGGCAUGCAGUCUCGGCCACACGCCAUGUAUAACCAAAGCCAUAACCCUUUUCCAGAACUGGACUGCAUCGAAUCAGAGUAUUUUCUCACCGAACGUCCAAAGCACUGUUCUGUGCACGGGAGUUCAGUAUGGAGGAGAAAAAGAAUGGAAUGCUGCUUGGAAACGUUAUACCAAAUCUAAUGUAGGGAGUGAGAAGUCCGAUAUCCUCUUUGCUCUAGGAUGUACCAAAGAAAUAUGGAUCCUGUCAAGAUACCUUGAAAUGGCCUUUACUCCAGACAGCGGCAUCAGGAAGCAAGAUGCUUCUGCUGUUUUCAAAACAGUAGCCCAGAAUACAGUGGGUCGUGACCUGGCAUGGAACUUUUUGCAAGAUCGUUGGACUAAGAUUGUGAAAUACUUUGGCAGCGGUUCUGGACAUCUGUCGAAAGUGGUUAAGGCAGCAACCGACACUUUCAAUACGCCACUGGAAGUAAAAGAGCUCGAGAAGUUCCAGGCCGACUACGAGGAUCAGCUGGGCUCUGCCGUGCGAGCGACGGAGCAAGUCCUGGAAUCUGCUAAGCGGAACCUAGACUGGAUGGCUCAUAAUCAUGACGUCAUCGUCCAGUGGUUAGAAGAAAUAGGAUACAGAUCUGCUGUUUGAGGGGACCAUAUAGCCGCCAAGUGGUUCUUUUCUUUUAAUUUAUAUUUACAAAAAAAUAUUUUACUUGACUUUAGAUUCAUCAGAUUUUGAAUGGAAAUUUUGAUUACAAGAGAUAUAAUUGUAGAACAAUCUUUGUUUAAACUCGCAACGAGUGUUACUGAAGUACUGUACGAUCAUUUUAUAGGUGAUGUUAAAGUUUUCUUUUAUAUAGAUUAUGACUCAUUUGCCCUGGCUUGAUAUGAUACGAGAGGGCUACGAGCAUUGAUGUCCUCACAUCUCCACGGUAGCUGUGUUGUUAGCAACUCUUGGUACUGAAAUAAUCAAGAAAACUAAAAAGUAUUUUUACUCUAUAGGAAGACUAGUGGCUCUUGGCACUAGAAAAAAAGAAGACUUGUAACCUUUAACACUGACAUAACCGGGAGCACUUACAACUUGUUGUACUUGAAUAAGCAGCAAGUCUAGCAAAACUUAGCACUUAACCCAGCUGAAGACUUAUAACUUGGGAAUUAAACAAAGCAGAAGACUUAAUUCCCACUCCUGUCACAGAAAUCAGAACGAAGACUCGAACGGUCAGCUUCAUAGGGAUUUUGAAUUUGAUCUGCCUAAGAUUAUAGAAUUCCCAGGCGUAGACUGGAAAUUUAGGCUUGUUGUGAACUUUAAAGUGAUUGUGGAUGUACAUGAAUGAUUAUUUGUUCCUUUAGUCAAUACGUGCUACGUGACUGACUUGGAGGAUAAUAUCUUUGAAACUACACUGGAUAUUAGAUUAGGUUUAUCGUCAGCAUGUUUACCACUGGUCUCGUUAACAAAUCAAAUAGGGGUCAGUGCGAAUCUCGAUUGUUUUGUUACUGUAAAUUGUAAUCACGAAUUACUACUCUAUUACUCCGGACAGUGUUUCCUGUAAUUUGAAGAUGCAGCAGUCUUUCGAGCAAAACAGUUGUUAGUAGCUCUGAAAAUAUGACUGGGAACAGUUCCAUAUGAUUUCAUAAGAGAUGCAUUUUUUCAACAGUAGGUAACUCAUUUGUAUUCAAACGAACAUUUGGUCUUGCAAAUUCAAGACAUACAAAACUACUCAGCUUGCUGCUUCUGUGUAUAACUGAACGGAAUUAUUUGAAUCAAGAAAAAAAAUUGUAAAUCUCAUCCACGGUUUUAAACCACCAAACGACUCUACACCCAAUAGAAUUGCAAAUGUUCCUUUAAAAAAUAUGUAAUUUAAUAUUUAUCUUCUACCAAAAGUUUUCAUGAAAAAGACGUGUAUUACAAUAUAUAAUUUAGGCCAAAUGCCAAGCAUUGGGACCUUUGAGGUCAUUUGAAAAUAUUGUUGAAACAAUUAUUGGGAGAAGCUCUCUAGCCUUAAUAGUUUUUAUUUCAUUGAACGUUAGAAUAGCCGUCCGAACGCACUUUGUCUCAGAUCAUGUAAACAACUGAGUCUAGAGAGCUCCAAACAUCACACAUACCAAAUCGCAGCCCUCUAGCCUCAAUAGUUUUUAUUUUAAAGCGUAUUUCGUUGCCUUUAAAAUACCAUAUGGGAACUAUAUAGAGUAAUUGGUUUUACAUGAUCAAAUAAAGAAAAACUAGACAGAAAUGAAAGAGAAUUAUGUAGGAAGAGACUAAAAGCAGCAAAACGUAUUCUGACAAAGUAUCUUAGGUGACUGACUGGCGUAUAUAUUUCUUCAAGUAAAAUUGGUUUCCUUUCUUAACCCUUCCUAUGCAACCACCGCAAUUCCCUCUUUCUAUUGUCUAUGUUCUUAAUAAAUAAUUUUAGUUUGU